AUGACAACAACCACAACAAAAAAACCUGAUGUUGGUGAUGUUGAAAUCACUCCAAUCCCAAUUGAGAAAGCGUUAGAUAAGUUCACAAAAAUGGAUUACGACUACAAUAGUGGUUUGUUAUUGGGCCCUGAUGGUGAGCCAAUUCCAGGUUCACAAGCAGGACAAAUUGCGGACACAACAAAUUUGUUCCCAGUUCAAACCCACAAAGGCACUGGAUUACCAAUUGAUCCAAUGGUUGGUCUUCCAUUCGAUCCAAAAUCAGGUAAUUUAGUACACCCAUACACCAAUCAAACAAUGUCUGGUCUAUCAGUAUCUUAUCUCGCUGCUAAGAACUUAACAGUUGAAACUGAUGAUAUAUAUGGUUUACCAAUUGAUACACUCACUGGUUACCCAUUAGAUCCAGUCAGUUUAAUUCCAUUCAACCCAGAAACAGGUGAAUUGUUCGACCCGACGACAGAUAAAAUCAUAAAUGGAACAGUUGCAGGUAUCGUUUCCGGAAUCUCUGGAAAUCAAUCAUUAUCUGAAAAUUCAACUAAUAUUGACCCAGCAACAAAAAUGAUCAUUGGUGAAUUUGGUGGAUUGGUUAACCCAACAACAAAAACAAUGAUUCCAGGUUCCUUAGGCCCAUCAGAACAAACUCCCUUCUCUGUUGAGAUUGAAGAUGGUGGUAUUAUUCCUCCAGAAGUAGCAGCAGCAAAUGCUGACAGAUACAAGUUAUCUAUUCCUACAAGCGUACCAGAUUCAGUUCCAGAGAAAGAUCAAAAGCUUGAUUCUAUUUCUGAAUUGAUGUAUGAUAUUGAGUCAGGUAGACUUAUUGGCCAGAUAUCAAAAAGACCAAUUCCAGGUUCAAUUGCUGGUGACUUGAACCCAGUAAUGAAGACACCAGUACAAACUGAUCAUUCAACCGGUAAGCCAAUCGACCCAACAACCGGUCUACCAUUCAAUCCACCAACUGGUAAUUUAAUUAACCCAACAAACAACAAUACUAUGGAUUCUUCAUUUGCUGGUGCAUAUAAAUAUGCAAUGUCAAAUGGAAUUAAAACAGAUAACGUCUAUGGUUUACCAAUUGAUGAACUAACUGGUCUCCCGAAGGAUCCAGUUUCUAAUAUUCCAUUCAAUACAACAACUGGUGAAUUGGUUGACCCAUCAACAGGAAAUCCAAUUGAAAAUUCUACCGCUGGUGUUAUUAGUGGAAAACCAGGUUACCCACCAAUUGUUUCUGAAGAUGGUACAUCGUAUGAUCCAUCUACCGGCUUACCAAUAGAUAAAAAUAAUCAAUUGAUUAACCCAGAAACAAACAGCACUAUUUCGUCCUCAACUUCAGGUACAACAAAACCAAAACCAGGAGUUCCAGUUGGCAGUGGUGGUAUAAUAUCUGAGGAAGAAGCAAAGGAUCAAGCUGAUAAGGGCAAGGACGGAUUGAUAGUUCCACCAACCAGCUCUAUUAAUAAGGAUCCAGUUACAAAUACUCAAUAUAGUAACUCAACUGGUAAUAUUAUUGACCCAGAGACAGGAACAACUAUUCCAGGUUCACUCCCAGGUGCUCUUAACUAUCCAUCAUUCAACACUCCACAACAAACCGAUAAGUUGACAGGAAAACCAGUUGAUACAGUUACAGGUUUGCCUUACGAUCCAUCUUCAGGAGAAAUUAUCAACCCAGGUACUAAAUUGCCAAUUCCAGGAUCAGUUGCUGGUGAUGAAGUUCUUACUGGAGUUCUAAACAUUACAACAGAUGAAGCAACAGGUUUACCAAUUGAUAGCCAAACUGGUCUCCCAAGAGAUCCAGUAUCAGGACUCCCACAACUUCCAAAUGGUACUUUGGUUGACCCAUCAAAUAAGAAACCAAUCCCAGGCUCUCACUCUGGAUAUAUCAAUGGUACAUCUGGCGAGCCAUCUACUGAAAAGGAUCCAAGUACUGGUAAACCAAUUGAUCCAAAUACAGGUCUGCCAUUUGAUGAAUCUUCAGGUAAUUUAAUUAACCCAGAAACAGGAGACAAGAUUGAAGGGUCUCACUCCGGUACAUUGAUGCCACCAAAUGGUGUUCCACAGGGUGAAAAUGGUGGUAUUAUGACACCAGAACAGAUCUUGGAUGCAUUGAAUAAAUUACCAUCCAAUGGAGAAGUCAAUAUUUCACCAAAACCAGGUUCAGAUGCUAUUGAAGAUAAACCAACAAAUACUUGGUGGAAUAGGAACACAGGACAGAUCUACAAAGCCAAUGGAGAGAAGACUAUCCCAGGUUCUGCUGCCUCAAUAAUACAUACCGUUUUUGGAACACCAACUCAAACUGAUCCAACUACAGGGUAUCCAUCUGAUCCAUCAACUGGUUUGCCAUUUAUUCCAGGAUUUAACAUGCUUGUAGACCCACAAACUGGAGAGCAAAUGAAAGGAUCUGUUUCAUAUGCUUCAUUGUAUGCUAAGCAAAAGAAUAUUGUUACAGAUAGCGCUUAUGGUCUUCCAGUUGAUCCAAAGACUGGUUUCCCGAUUGAUCCAAUCAGUGGAGUUCCAUUUGCUAGGAACGGUGAAUUAGUUGACAGAGUCUCUGGUAAAUACUACAGUGGAUCGGUUGCUGGAUUUAUUUCUGGUAAAGCUGGUACACAAUCAAAAUCAUCUGAUGAUCAAGGAAAUCCAAUUGAUCCAUCAACAAAUAUGCCUUAUGAUAGCAAGUCUGGUAAAUUGAUUGAUCCAGAAACUAAUGUUGCUAUUGAAGGUUCUACUGCUGGUGUAUUUGCAAAAGCACCAAGUACUGCGGCACCAAAUAAAGGUGGUAUCAUUCCAGAAUCAGUUGCAGCUGAAGCAGCAAAGAGCCACUUCAAGAAUAAUAUUGAAGAUGGAAAGGAAGAAGAAGUUCCACCACCAGAAUCAUCAAAUAACAUUGCAAUUCAGGCUGCCGGUGGUGCUUCUGCUGCUGUAGGUCUCGUAGCUGCUGGUGUUGGUGCAUGGUAUGCAAGCAGAAACAGACGACAAGAUGGAGAAGACGAUGACGAUUAUGCAGAUGGAUUCGAAGCAGAAUAUGAAGAAGAGGAGGAAGAAGAGGGUGAUGAAGCUGCAAAUGAAACCGUUGUUACAAUUGAACGUGAUUCAUCAUUCUGGAAUGAGUCUUAA